GAAACACCGACACCAGCGCCACGCUUGCCGCUUUGUAAACUUGUUUCUUCGAGGCUCGCCAUCAUAGCUGACUGGUUGUUCAUUGCGUGGUGAGGACAUAAUUCUUCACCAUGGUGAACGGACGUAUCCCGUCAGUCCACAGCAAGACCUAUGUCACCCCCAGAAGGCCUUUCGAGAAGGCCCGACUCGACCAGGAGUUAAAAAUCAUCGGCCAGUAUGGUCUCCGCAACAAGCGUGAGGUCUGGAGGAUCAAGUACGCCCUUGCAAAAAUCCGCAAGGCUGCUCGUGAGCUGCUCACCCUGGAAGAGAAGGACCCCAAGAGGUUGUUUGAAGGUAACGCUCUCCUGCGUCGCCUUGUCCGCAUCGGAGUGUUGGACGAAACCCGCAUGAAGCUCGAUCACGUGUUGGGUCUUAAAAUUGAAGAUUUCUUGGAACGCCGCUUGCAAACUCAGGUGUUCAAGCUUGGACUUGCGAAGUCCAUCCAUCACGCCCGAGUGUUGAUCCGCCAGAGGCACAUCCGUGUGCGCAAGCAGGUGGUGAACAUUCCCAGCUUCACUGUUCGCCUGGACAGCCAAAAGCACAUUGACUUCUCCCUGAAGUCGCCCUUCGGCGGUGGCCGCCCUGGCCGCGUCAAGAGGAAGAACAUGCGCAAGGCUGCCAGCGGUGGUGGUGGUGGAGAUGAAGAGGAGGACUAAAUGUAAAAGUAUCUGCCUUUCUAAUAAAAAGGUCGAAAUUGGAAACAA